GAGCGCCGCGGCACGCUGACGAGACGGAGACAGCAGAGAAAAGAAGGGCUAGAUCCAAAGCACAAAACGCGCAAAGGAGCGAAAUCUGACGCCUGGGAAAUAAAAGGAUUACAAACACCCGUAACUGAGAAAUAAACUACUGAACGGGAUUGGAUGGUGUCUCCACAGAGAAGUCAUCUAACGCUAACGGACCGUAUCGCGGGGAGGAAUUUCAAUGCGCUCGGAUAAACCAUGCACAGUCUGUGGCUUCUAACUUUGGCGAUUAGUUUUCACAAAGUGUGGACAGCGAGGUUCUCGCAGGAGCCGGCAGACCAGUCUGUGGUGCUGGGGGAGAGAGUUGUGCUCUCCUGUGUGGUGUUUAACUAUUCGGGCAUCGUGCAGUGGACCAAGGAUGGGCUGGCCCUGGGCAUCGGAGAGGAUCUGCACGCGUGGCCCAGGUACCGUGUGUUACGCAGGGUGGAGUUGGGCCAGUAUAACCUGGAGAUUUCGUCGGCGGAGCUUUCAGACGAUUCUCUGUACGAGUGCCAGGCUACAGAGGCAGCACUGCGAUCUCGAAGAGCCAAACUCACCGUCCUCAUUCCUCCAGAUGAGCCGGUGAUAGACGGGGGCCCGCAGAUCCUGCUGAUGGCCGGAGUGCCGUAUAACCUGAGCUGCGUGUCCCGCGGAGCCAAACCCCCCGCCCGCAUCGAGUGGCUGAGAGACGGCCUGCCUCUGGAGGGGGGGUUCAGCAUCACUGAGGUGCUGGCGGACAGGAAGAGGGUGACCACUCGCAGCUUCCUUCCUGUCCACCCUGUGGACACAGAUACAGGCCGCAACAUCACCUGUGUGACCAGCAACCAGGCUGUACCUGCGGGCAAGCGCACAACCGUGUCUCUCAACGUGCACCACUCCCCCACUGUCACCCUGUCCAUUGAGCCUCGCUCUGUCCUGGAGGGAGAGAGGGUCACCUUCACCUGCCAGGCCAGCGCCAACCCCCCCAUCAUGGGCUACAGGUGGGCGAAGGGGGGUGUUCUGCUAGAGGGAGCGAGGGAGAGUGUGUUUGUGACGACAGCAGAUCACUCCUUCUUCACGGAGCCCGUCUCCUGCCAGGUCUUCAACGCGGUGGGCAGCACCAACGUCAGCAUCCUGGUGGAUGUGCACUUUGGUCCGGUCCUGGUGGUGGAGCCCCGGCCGGUCACAGUGGACAUUGACUCUGACGUCACCCUCAACUGCAAGUGGGCUGGAAACCCCCCUCUCACCCUCACCUGGACCAAGAAGGGCUCCAACAUGGUGCUCAGUAAUAAUAACCAGCUGUACCUGAAGUCUGUGAGCCAGGCGGAUGCUGGUCAGUACGUGUGCAAGGCCAUCGUCCCUCGCAUCGGCGUGGGGGAGACCGAGGUCACGCUCACCGUCAACGGCCCUCCCAUCAUCUCCAGUGAGCCAGUCCAGUAUGCAGUGAGAGGGGAGAGAGGGGAGAUCAAGUGUUACAUCGCCAGCACCCCUCCCCCAGACAAGAUAGUGUGGGCGUGGAAGGAGAACGUGUGGGAGAAGGAGAAGGGCACCCUGCUGGAGAGGUACACUGUGGAGCAGAGUAAAGCUCACUCGCAGGGCGGGGCUGUGCUCUCCACUCUCACCAUCAACAACGUCAUGGAAUCCGACUUCCACUCUCCCUACAACUGCACAGCCUGGAACGCCUUCGGCCCCGGGACCAUGAUCAUCACCCUGGAGGAGACCGAGAUUAUGCCCGUAGGGAUUAUUGCAGGCAGUACUGUCGGCUCCUCUGUGCUGCUGCUGCUGUGUCUGCUGGCUCUCGCCUUCUUCCUUUACCGUCAGCGCAAAGGCAGUCGCCGGGGGGUCACCCUGGGGAAGCCAGACAUUAAGGUGGAGACGGUCAACAAGGAGACUCACAGCAUGGAGGAUGAGGCCUCCACCGUCUCCACGGCAACCCGCAUGGUCAAGGCUAUGUAUUCUUUUCUGCCCUCUGUGUCCCUCUCUCCCUCCACUCAGCCUUUUAAGGACGACAUGGAGCUCAAGCAGGACCUGCGCAGUGACACACUGGACACUCGAGAGGAGUACGAGCUCAAGGACCCCACUAAUGGCUACUACAAUGUGCGCGCCACUGCCCAUGAGGACGUGCGGCCUUCCUCACGCUCCAUGCUGUAUCCCGAAUACCGGCCGUCCAACCCGUCCGGCGGGGCCAGCGGAGGCGCGGGGGGCGGGCCGGGGGCGGGGGGAGGAGGGGCCGGAGCGGCAGGCAGAGCGGGAGGGGCCGGAGCGAGCUGCUACGAGCAUCGCCCCCCGUCCAGGCUGUCCCACACCAGCUAUGCCCAGUUCAACACCUUCACGCGGGCGGGGCAGGCUCAGCAGCCCCCGCCCAACCCCGCCCCGCCGAGCGCCGAGUUCCCGGGGGACUGCGGCCUGCUGGACUCCUCCACACAGCUGGCCUAUGACAACUAUGGCCCCGCCCACUACUCCUACCGUCUGGGCUUUGCCCCGCCCCUGGAGGGCGGGCCUUCCUAUGAGAUGUAUGGGGCGGGGGCGGGGUCAGAGACCAUGCUGGGCAAGUACGGAAGCUCCGCCCGCUUUUCCUACACCUCACCGCCCUCCGACUACACACACAGACACACUCAAAGAAUGCAGACCCACGUGUGAGACGCACACACACAAACACACAAUCACAUACGCACAUGCAUACAUACAUACACAUGCACUC